AUGUUUAAUCUACGUCGAUUAUUCGUAAUUAAAAAUUAUAAAAAUAUUUUAUAUAAACCAAAUCAAAUUGAUGCUUCAAAUGCUGUUCGAACAUUUACUGUAGCGAAUUCUAUUUUAAACAAUAAAUAUAAAAAAUAUAAUUAUCAAUAUGAAAAUUAUCGAGAGUAUAAAAACUUUGGCCAUAAACCAGAACCAACACCAAAUAUUACAUUAUUUUUCCAUUCGUUUAUAUUGUUCUCAUUCUUGGCUGCUGUUUUUGAUUUGAAAGGAGCUAUUGAAAAUUACAUUUUUUCUGAUGAAAAAACUGGUGCAAAUCAAUCACAAAAACCUAGAAUUAUGCCAGGAGUGUCUGCUGCAGAGAAAGUUAAUGGUAAAAAUGAUACUCGAGUUGAACAGAAUCCUGAAGGUGAAAUUGUUGAAGAAGAGACUAAAAAAAAGAAGCAUAGAAAAGAAAAAAUUGGUUUUCGCGACAGAAAGAUAAUUGAAUACGAGAAUCGUAUUCGUCAUUAUUCAACACCGGAUAAAGUAUUUCGAUAUUUUGCUACAAUGCAAGUACAAGGAAGUAAUCCAGAUCAUCAUGAAAUAUAUAUGACACCAGAUGAUUUUUUACGAUCAAUGACACCCGGUUUAAAACAACCUGACGGUCUCGGAUUGGAUCAAUACAAGAAAUACGACCCGAAGCAUCCUACUGAGAAUGUUGUGAAAUUGGAAUUGGCAUUAAAUGAAGAUUCCAUUUUUUAUAAACUUGGAAGUUAUGGAUUAAUCACAUUUUCCGAUUAUAUAUUUUUAUUAACGGUGCUUUCAACUUCACGGCGUCAUUUUGAAAUUGCAUUUCGUAUGUUUGAUUUAAAUGGUGAUGGAGAUGUAGAUAGCGAAGAAUUCGAAAAAGUUGCUACAUUAAUUCGACAACAAACAAGUAUUGGUACCCGACAUCGAGAUCAUGCCAACACUGGCAAUACUUUUAAGGGUGUCAAUUCAGCAUUAACAACAUACUUUUUUGGUGUGAAACGUGAUAAAAAAUUAACAAUAGAAAAGUUUUUGGAUUUUCAAGAAGAUCUACAACGUGAAAUAUUAAAUUUAGAAUUUGAACGUAAAUUACCUGAUGAAAAUGGUAAUAUAUCUGAAACAGAUUUUACCGAGUUAUUACUUGCAUAUGCUGGCUAUCCACAAAAGAAAAAAUCACGAAUGUUGAAACGUGUUAAAAAAGCAUAUCGUGAACAUGGAACGGGUAUUUCAAAAGAUGAUUAUCUAAAAUUCUUCCACUUUUUAAAUAAUAUUAACGAUGUGGAUACAGCUCUAACGUUUUACCAUAUUGCAGGAGCAUCAAUUGACCAAGGCACUUUGAAACAUGUUGCAAAAACUGUAGCUCAUGUUGAGUUAUCGGAUCAUAUAAUUGAUGUAGUUUUUACAAUUUUCGAUGAAAAUAUGGAUGGACAACUAAGUAAUCGCGAAUUUGUUGCUGUUAUGAAAAACCGUUUAUUACGUGGUCUUGAAAAACCAAAGGAUACGGGCUUUGUUAAAUUAAUGCAAUCAAUUGUAAAAUGUGCUAAAGAUUCAAAACCCGCCAUUAUUGAUGUCUAAAAAUAAAUUAUGUUUAAUGUUU